CGUUAAAGGGGCGGCGCGCGGCCUGGCGUGAGGGCGGCGGCGGUUACGGGGCGCGCGGCGGUAACGGCUGGGGCGCGGCGGCGGCGGGUAAGGAGGAAGGUUCUCUUUAACUUUGGUUAUUUGCAAGUGAGUUCUUCAUCAUGGCUGAAUUAUCACCUGAAGAAAUUCAGCUUAGAGCCAACCAGGUCACUGAUGAGUCCUUGGAAAGCACAAGGAGGAUUCUUGGCUUGGCCAUUGAGUCCCAGGAUGUAGGCAUCAAGACUAUCACCAUGCUGGAUGAACAGGGAGAACAACUAAAUCGCAUAGAAGAAGGCAUGGACCAAAUAAACAAGGACAUGAGAGAAGCUGAGAAGACACUGACAGAGCUCAACAAAUGUUGUGGGCUCUGUGUCUGUCCUUGUAACAGGACGAAGAACUUUGAGUCUAGCAGGGCAUACAAAUCAACCUGGGGAGAUGGGACGGAGAACUCGGCAGAUCACGUGGUAUCCAUGCAGCCAAGAAGUGCGAAUCAUCAACAGCCUCAGACUUCUGGAAGACCGAGUGGUGGAUAUAUUACACGGAUAACAAAUGAUGCCAGAGAAGAUGAAAUGGAUGAAAAUCUUACUCAAGUAGGAAACAUUCUUGGGAAUUUGAAAAAUAUGGCUUUGGAUAUGGGCAAUGAGAUUGAUGCCCAGAAUAAACAAAUAGACCGGAUAAAUGUAAAGGCAGAUACAAACAAGGAUCGCAUUGAGCAAGCCAACAUCAGAGCCAAGAAACUCAUUGACAAUUAAAGCCUGCUGUCAUUAUUCAGUGACACUGUCUCCAGCUGCAAACUAUGAUAUUUACGGAUCUGUGAAACUCUUCUCUUCUGAAAUAAGAGGGGCUGGGAAACAUGAAGCUGUUCCCUUUCUAUGGGGAUUCUUUCUCUUUUUUUUUUUUUUUUUUUUUGAUAUUGCUUCGUGUAGACUUGGCCUUGAUUCCAAAAAAAGCAGCCACCAUAAAUUCUUCCUCCUCAUCUGCCUUCACUUUCUUCAGACUGCUCAGGGCUAAAAGUGGCGUAGCUUUGAGAAUGUUCAUGCUUGUUUUAUUGCCCCUCCCAAGCCUAUUUUCCUGCCUGCAAAAUAUAGUCCCUUACUCAAGCAGAAUAAGCAGGUUAACCUGAAUUUGGUUGUUGAAAGUUGGAGAGGGCACUUUACACAGUUUAAAAUACCUCAUAAGUUGAGUGUCUUCACUAAAAUAGGGAUUUGGUGAGUAUUGUCUGACUUAUCUCUAGUUGGCUAACCAUAGUUUUACAAUCCAAACCACAUACGAGUGAUUUGAGGUUGAGUUAGUGUACCACAAAAUUUUAAGAUGUUAUGGCCCACUAUUUACUACUUCUGGGUUGAGGGCUUUAAAACACUUCCUAAACACAAACUUUAAUGUAAAGUUAAUUGGAGGAGUAUACAGGUUUCCAUUUCUUCAAAGUGACAUAGAUUUAGAGGCCGUGAUAAGGAAAUUAUGCUGUGUUGUAAUUUGUGUUGUGUGUAUAUAACAAUCUAAACACCAUGCACAUCUUGAGUAGAAGAAAAUAUAUCACUUCCCUAGAAAGUAUUUAUUCAAUGAAAAAUUUUACACCCAUCUAAGUAUUAAUCUGAUGCAACAUAACUAGUAGAAAAGCAUGCAGCUUUCUCACAUCCCAAAUCAGAUUCUAUCUUGGUCAGGUUUUUUUGGAAUUCAGCUUAUGCCUUUCUCUAGUGCAAUAUUAAAAUAGUACUGAUACAGUGACUGAGACCUGGUGCAGAGUUUCUUCUCAGCAGUAACUUUGUGGAGAGCUUCUUAAACCUACUGAAAAUGUAGGAGAAGCUUAUUACAGUUGAAACUUUUUCUUGUCACAGAUCUGAAGGAAGCAUUACCUCUUCAGGGAGAACUAUGUGCUAGUUCUAAAUAAACUAGUUUAAAAUAGAUUGCCGACUGGUUUAUUAUUGCAGAUUUGGGACUGGCAAUUGGAAAUAUUCCAAAUUAAAGUUGCCUGCAACUAAAAUGUUCUAUUCUUUUGCAGAAUAGAAGAGUCUGACUAGGUGGGUUUAGAUGAAGCUUUCUUCCUAUGAAAAGCAUUUUUUUAAUAUAAACAACCAGAUUUAUUCCCAGGAUUUUCUUGUUUUUUGCUUUAUUUAAAGCACAAGUGAUCCAUAUCGAUGGGUGGAUUUAGCUAUGUAUUAUGCCUGUACUGAAGGUGAAAAUGAUACUUUGGUUUAACCUGUAGUAGUGGAAAAUGGAAGAAAAAAAUGGAAGAAAAAUCUCCAAACCAAACUGAUUGGGGGAAUAACUAAAACAAAUAGCAUGCAGGUUUUAAGGACAGUCUACAAGCAUCCUAUAGCAGAAAAUCCUGUGGCUAGUGAGAUGAGACUAAUUUGCUGAAAUGUCAGAAGAAAACAAUGUAAAGCAUUAUUGUAUUUUCUUCUCAGUAGUAUUACAGUCAGUGUAACUAGUACAUUCUCAAUUCACUUCCAGGACAACUUGAGAUUUAGAUUAAAAAAAAAAAAAAUCCUGACCAAAGAAUGGAACUGCUGCAUGUAGUAAGUAGGCCAGUGGUAGACUGUCUGUGUUGUGAAAAAGAUAAAUGAAGUCAAUUUUAGGGGACUGGAAACACCUCCUGGCUUCUAUUUGUCUCCCAGUAGUUGUUUGAAAACUAACAAAUAUAAAAAGUGGGUUAUCUAUCCUUGUUAGUAAUGAAGCAUAUAUGCUAAAAAAAGAAAUAGCAGAAAGCAUUUGUAACAACAUUGCAUAAUAAACUUCUGGAAAUCUCUUGUAUGACAAAGCAUAGGAGAUUUGAGUGCAAUUUUUUUCUUUCUUUAUAAACUUCAGGUUAAUUGAAAGAAUGCUGCUGACUAUGAUAGCAAAGCAUAUGUAUUUAAUUGUGAUUGUCUCCUGAAAUGGAGGAGUAAAGCAGUUACCUUAUUUUGCCUAGAACAAUGCAGACCUGCUCUUUAGCUUCUUGAAACACUUAAUGUAUUUCUCUGUGCUACUACAAGUCUAUUUUCUUGACCUCUCUGAGCAAUAACCACAAAUUAAUGCAUCGGUUAAAAGAAUACUAUGACUGAUAUACAGAAUCUUAAUAUUGCAAUGAACAACUCAAUUUGUGACUCUAAGCUUGUGUAUCAGCUGAAUAUAGAUUUUUAUAUAUACUAUUUUUGAUGCAGCAAGAGCUGAACUCUUGAGGGAGUUGGCACCUUAAUGUUCCAGAACAACAGAGUCUGCUUUUUGGAUUGUCUUACUGUUGUCUGUAGAAUAGAUGCUUAAAUUCCCCAUCUCCUGGACAGAAUCAACACUUGUGCAUCUUUAAGUAUAUUUUUGAAUGCUAUUAAUAAUGAAGGUUUACAGUUUCUGCUUUUGAUUGUGUUUAUAUAUUGUGCACAACAAAAUACAGACUUUUAUAAUUGAA